AUAAUGAAAAUAUAAACUAUAUAAAUAAUUAUAUGUAUUAUAUUUUUUUUAUGGUACAAAUACACGUACAUCUCUAUUUUACAAGAGGAUUGACAAGAAAGGAAGCAAACAAGAAAGCAACAAAAAGGGACCUGUUGUGCACAGAAGGCAGUGGAAUGAAGAUACGCCGCGAAUACGAAUGCCAUAAUGAACACCAAAACAAAUCAUGAAUAUGCUUCUAAUUCAUAUAACGGAGGUAUUAUGGGGAAUGAUAGUCCAGCUGCAUUAUUAGAUAUGCUUGCAGAAGUUGCAUCUCAGACAUUACAUUCAGAGAAAAAGCGUAGUAAAUUAUUACUACCAUCGCAAUGCAAAUCAAAAAUAGAUUAUGUAAAAAGGAAAACUAAUGAAUUAACCUUUAACGUGCCACAGCUUUUAUCUAUGCCAGCAUCGCAAUUAGUUAAACAAUUUUCUAUUUUUACAAGUGAUGAAUUAAAAAGACAAUAUUCAUAUACAUGUGCUCUUGUCAUUGGAUGUGGACAAAAAUACACUAGUUUUGCAAGUGAAGGAAGAGCAAGAAUGUCCAUCAAAGCACAUUUAGCAGAACAUUUAGAAUAUUUAAAAACUAAUAAAGAAGCCUAUAAAACUUUUACUGCAAAAUCAGUAAGUUAUAAAAAUUGUAAAACCAGCCCCCAAAAUAAAAAAAACAGAUUGCAACAAUCAAGAAAACCACAAGAAACAUUAAAUAAAGAAAAUAAAGAUAUUAUUACAGAAAAAUCAACAAAUUACUUAAGAAAUAUUCUGUUAAAUGAUUCUACUUUUAAGGAAUUGGAUAAAAACAAAAAUGUUGAAAAAGUAGAAAAUUCUAAAAAGGUACAUAAUUUUGAACAAAAAGAUGUAGAAAGAAUGGAUUUUAAAGUUUUUGGAGAUCAUAGUUACUUUGAACGCUUAAAAGAUGAAAUUCCUAGCAAAAAAGAAACAUCACCAUUUAACAAUUCUCUUGAAAAUAUGACAGAUGAAAAUAUUGUACUUAUGGUUGUUGGUACUGACAGUGUUCAUACGAAAGAAUAUCCACGUAUUAAUAAAAAAUUAUCAGGAAAAAUUAAUAAAAAAUCUGAUGCCAUUUAUUUACCAGAAAUAUCAUGGUCAAGUGAAAAUAGUGACAAAAAUACAGAAAUUAUAACUAGUAAACCGAAAGGAAAAGCAAAAUUUAUAGGUACUAGUAAAGAGGAAAGAGAAAUGGCAUUAGCUUUUAUGGAUCGUAUAAAAAAAAAAGGAAAUCCAACAGGAAGUAAUCUUGAGUGUCGAAUUUGUAAUCCACCACGAAGUUUCACAGCACCUACAACAUUGGUAUCUCACUAUCGCAGUCAUGCUGGAAUAAAACCAUAUGAAUGUCGUAUAUGCAGAGCAGUUUUUACAAGAAGACAUAGCUUAAAAUAUCAUAUGUUGAUUCAUCAAAAUCAAACGCGAUUUACAUGCGCUGAUUGUGGAAAGAAAUUUAGACAUCCAUCACACUUCAGAGAACAUCGACGUAGACAUACCGGCGAAGCUCCGUUUGGAUGUGAUGACUGUGGGCAGCGAUUUAAAACAAGAAAUACUUAUAAACGUCAUUUAAAAACAAGACAUGGUAAAGUUCUAACAACUACUGGUGAAUUGUUAUAUCUGUCAGAAGAAGAUUUUCAAAAAGUUCGAACUAACAGAAAGAAAAAAAAUAAUAUAAAUAAAGAUCACAUGAUAGAUGAGGAUAUAAUUGCAACAAAAACAAUUAUGCAUUGUCAAAAUGACAAUGAUCAAUUGCAAAAUACUGUGACUGAGGAAUAUAUUAUAAAUAACGAUACCACUGAUGGGGAUAAAAAUUGGAAAUCAAGUGAUGCAAUACAAAUUAUUAGAAAUUGUUUUGAAACUUACGAGGUUUGUCAGGAAUCUCAUUUGAAUAAGACUGAAUCUAUAGAGACUGAAUUACCUAUAAAAAAUAGAGUUUCUAACAAAGACGAAAAUAAUUUAUCAGAUGAGUAUACAGAUAAAGUACAAGAUAAACUGCAAAGUGCUUCUUAUAUUAAAUUAGAAAUAGUUAGAGAUGGAAACAAUCAACUCAUAUGUCAUGAUAACACUGAUCAAUCGGAAAUAAUUUACCACAAUAUAAAUGAAGCACCAGCAUACAUUAAAGUAGAAUAUAGCAACUUAAUUAAUAAUUUAGAAAAUGAGAAUAAUUUAGAAUUUCAAGAAAAUCUUAAAUUCUCUGAAAAUCAAAUUAAAAAUCCCAUACAAAUAAUUAGUGAAACUGAAAAUUAUUUUAGCGAAGAAUCUAAUAAUUCUGUAAGUGAACAAACGUCACUAAUGCAAGUAGAAGAUACCCAUAUUGAAACGAAAAAUAAAGAUAGCAAUAAACAUAUAAUACUUACUCAAGAACAUAUCAAAUACAAAAAAGAAAACAGUGAUAUUACUACUCUCAAUUGCAAAUCUUUUCAAGAAAUGGAAACCCAUGAGAUUGCUGUUUCAGAAGACUUAAUAGAUUUAAAUACCUUACAAGAAAUUAAUCAAGUUGCUAAUAAAACGAUAUCUACAGUUACGGAUACUUCAGUAAAUCAAAAUGAGAAUUGCCUAUUACAUGAAAAUAAAAAAUUAAGUAAUUAUCAAACAGUUAUAAAAAAUUUAAUAGAAAAUCGAGCAAUCACAUCUUCAAAUUACAUUUCUGAGAAAGAUAAUAAAAAAUUAUUGAACCAAGUUGAACAACGUUUAUAUAUUCAUAAUGAACCUUUGAGUAGUAUAAUGGUACAAAAUAAAUGUAUUAAUAUAUUUCCACAAACACAGUCAAAAAUACAAUUAAAUAAAAAUCAAAAAUUUACAUCCUUGAAUAAACAUAUGCAAACUAUUAAUGUAAAACAAAGUGAAAAUCAAAAUACAAUUUUAUUGUUAACUAAUAAUGCAUUACAAAACAAUGUUUUCAAAAUUAAUCACAACAUGGCCAAUAAUGAGAUUAAAGAAUAAACAUUUGAAAGAGUAAGUAAAAGUCAAAAGUUUUUUAAUUUUUUUAAAAUCAAAUGUUCAUAUAAAA